GUGAGUAAAGCAAGGGGGAUGACCACCGCCGCCUCCUCUAUAUAGGGCGACUUUCCUACCCACCACCACCUCCUCCGCCCCGCCCGACCCGCCUCCGCCUCCAUGGCGAACCUCCCCACCCAGACCCAGGCCACCACCGCAGACACCUCCGGAUUCAAGCUCUUCGGCCAGGUCAUCCAGCCCGACGCCCACCACGCCUCCGCAUCCGCCUCCGCCUCCACCUCCACGGAAGAAAGCACCCCUGCUCCGCCUCCUCCUCCCCAGCCGACGACGCCCGUGCAGGCGCAGGCGCAGGCGGCGGCCGGGGGCGAGCCGCUGCCGUGCCCGAGGUGCGGGAGCAGGGAGACCAAGUUCUGCUACUUCAACAACUACAACGUGCGGCAGCCGCGCCACCUCUGCCGCGCCUGCCGCCGCUACUGGACGGCCGGCGGCGCGCUCCGCCGCGUCGCCUCCGCGUCCCCCGGCCGCCGCAGGCCCCGGCCCAGCGCCCGAUCGGUCGCCGCCGCGGCCGCCUCCGCCUCCGCCUCCGAGGAAGGCGCGGCGGAGAGCGUUGACUCGCGGUCCUAGGCGUGCUGGAGCGCUCCGCUGCUUCCGGGAACGGGCCAAACGCGUCAGAGACCACCACCACUUUUCCGCUUUUUGGCUCUCCUCUUUUCUUUCAUUUGGCUAGUUAUUAUUGAGAAGAUAGGUUCCAUUUCGAUACCAUUUUAGGAUUCUUUUUGGUGGCCGCAAGGAUGCCGCCACGGCCAGCAUCGAAAGAGAUAUGAAUGAAAGAAACAAAAAUGCUUUGGUUCUUUAGCUAGUACUACCAGUUCAAAUGAAUGUACUUCCUUCCUUGUGACUUGUGAGCAGUGGCAAUGAUGAUGAUCCUGAGGAGUGUGUUUGAUUUUA